UCACAUCUCAUAUCUCACAACGGAAGAAGAGGGUUUUUUUUUUCACUCCCGAGUAAACAGUGGAUUUUUGUCACUGAGAAACAGCAUUUAGACCUCAUAAUAAGACUUAUAAUGGAAUCAGCAGGGAUACGACCGUGUUCUUCUAGAAAACCUCCACAAACUGACUCUCAGCUUUGUGGGGAUGUGCAGACAGAAAAAUAUACAUCUUCAGAUGGAGGGUCAUCAGGCUCUGUAGAACACAUCACCUGUAUGAACCUUCGGAAACAUGUAAAAAAGGAAGAAACUGUAGAUGAAGAAUACUUCUGUGAAGCGACACCAGUCUCUGUGGGACACAUCACACCUGUGGACCUACAGAAUCAUGUGAAAAAGGAAGAACCUGAAGAUAAAGACUAUCUCUUCCUUCAGCACUGCUUUCCCUCUUGGACAUCAAACUCUGUGGAAGAUAUAGACCAGAAUAAUGGAGGAUUUGAAAGGAAGCGUGUAAAAGACGAAGACUCUGAAGAUGAAGACAACCUCUGUACAAGGACAGACUGGGACAUGGAUGAUGCCCAGGUACAAGUCUUCUCCUGCUCCUGGUGUUUACGUUCCUAUACAUCUCAAAUUUACCUCCACAAACACAUCAGAAGAUACCACUAUGAGGAAUACGAGAGACUGCAACAGUCAGGAGAGUUAAAAGACAUGAACAAUGUCACCACAAUAAGCUCCAGUAUUCAGCAAACAGCCUCCGUUACAAUCAACAGUAAAUCCUUUAAUAAACAAAUGCAGAAAGGAGUCUAUCCCUGCUCACAGUGUGGGAAGAGUUUUAAUGACCGGAGUAACCUCAGACAACACCAGCGCAUUCACACAGGAGAAAAGCCGUAUUCCUGCUUAGAGUGUGGAAAGAGGUUUAUUCGACAAAGCCAUCUACAAGAGCACCAGCACAUUCAUACAGGAGAAAAACCGUAUUCUUGCUUUGAGUGUGGAAAAAGUUUUAUUAGACAGAGUGAACUACAAACACACCAGCGCAUUCACACAGGAGAAAAGCCGUUUCAAUGCUCAGAGUGUGAGAAGAGCUUUAUUCGACAGAGUCAUUUACAAACACACCAGCGCAUUCACACAGGAGAAAAACCAUAUUCCUGCUCAGAGUGUGGGAAGAGCUUUAUUCGACAGAGUGAUCUACAAAGACACCAGCGCAUUCACACAGGAGAAAAGCCGUAUCACUGCUCCGAAUGUGGGAAGAGCUUUAUUCAACAGAGUGUUCUACAUAGGCACCAGCGCAUUCACACAGGAGAAAAACCAUAUUCCUGCUUGGAGUGUGGAAAGAGUUUUAUUCGACGGAUUGAACUACAAAUACACCAGCGCUUUCACACAGGAAAAAACUCUUAUCACUGCUCUAAGUGUGGGAGGAGUUUUUCCCAACAAAGAAAUCUUCAGCAACACCAACGCAUUCACUAAGAAGAAAAUACAUUCUCGUACUGUAGGAAGAUGUCUAUAGAUAAAGAUAAUCUCAAAGUAUAUCAGCACAUUCACACAGGAGAAAAGCUGUAAGAGUGUUCAAAGAGUGGGAAGAGUUUUAAUCAAAAGGCAAGGGUACGACCGUGUUCUUCUAGAAAACCUCCACACACUCCUGGUCCCACUGACUCACAGCUUUGUGGGGAUGUGCAGACAGAAAAAUAUACAUCUUCAGAUGGAGGGACAUCAGGCUCUGUAGAACACAUCACCUGUGUGAACCUUCAGAAACAUGUAAAAAAGGAGGAAUCUGUAGAUGAAGAAUACUUCUGUGAAGCGACACCAGUCUCUGUGGGACACAUCACACCUGUGGACCUACAGAAUCAUGUGAAAAAGGAAGAACCUGAAGAUAAAGACUAUCUCUGUGCUGGGACAUCAAAAUCUGUGGAAGAUGUAGACCAAAAUAAUGGAGGACUUGAAUGGAAGUGUAUAAAAGAGGAAGAAUCUGAAGAUGACGACAAUUUCUAUACAAGGACAGACUGGGACAUGGAUGAUGCCCAGGUACAAGUCUUCUCCUGCUCCCAGUGUUCACUUUCCUGUUCAUCUCAAAUUCACCUCCACAAACACAUCAGAAGAUACCACUAUGAGGAAUAUGAGAGACUGCUACAAUCAGGAGAGUUAAAAGACGUGGAGCAUAUCACCACAAUAAGCUCCAAUAUUCAGCAAACGGCCUCCGUUACACUCAACAGGAACUCCUCUAAUAAACAAAUGCAGAAAGAAGUCUAUCCCUGUUCACAGUGUGGGAAAAGCUUUACUCACCGCAGUAAUCUACAACAACACCAGCGCAUUCACACAGGGGAAAAGCCGCAUCACUGCUCACAGUGUGGGAAGAGUUUUAUUGACCAGCGUCAUCUCAGACAACACCAGCGCAUUCACACAGGAGAAAAGCCGUAUUCCUGCUCACAGUGUGGCAAGAGUUUUAAUCAACUGAGUCAUCUUCAAGUACACUUGCAUAUUCACACAGGAGAAAAACCGUAUCACUGCUCAGAAUGUGGGAAAAGCUUUAUUCGAAGGUGUUCUCUUCAAGAACACCAGCAUAUUCACACAGGAGAAAAACCAUAUUCUUGCUUAGAGUGUGGGAAGAGUUUUAUUCGAAAGAGUGAACUACGAAGACACCAGCACAUUCACACAGGAGAAAAACCGUAUCACUGCUCAGAAUGUGGGAAGAGCUUUAGUCGAAUGAGCAAUCUACAAGAACACCAGCGCAUUCACACAGGAGUAAAACCAUAUUCCUGUUUAGAGUGUGGAAAGAGCUUUACUCGACUGAAUGAUCUCCAAAUACACCAGUACAUUCACACAGGACAAAAGCCGUAUCACUGCUCAGAGUGUGGGAAGACCUUUAUUAGAUAUAGUAAUCUCAUCCAACACCAGCACAUUCACAUAGCUCAGAAACCAAUUCAGUGCUUACGGUGUGGACGGAGAUUUACAUAUUCAGGAGCAUUUAACAUACACAAGUGCUCCAAUAAUGGAUGUUCACUAUGUUCUACUUUAAAACCUGAGAAACAGCAUUUAGACAUAAUAAGACUUAUAAUGGAAUCAGCAAGGAUACGACCGUGUUCUUCUAGAAAACCUCCACACACUUCUGGUCCCACUGACUCACAGCUUUGUGGGGAUGUGCAGACAGAAAAAUAUAUGUCUUCAGAUGGAGGGACAUCAGGCUCUGUAGAACACAUCACCUAUGUGAACCUUCAAAAACAUGUAAAAAAGGAAGAAACCGUAGAUGAAGAAUACUUCUCGACACCAGUUUCUGUGGGGCACAUCACACCUGUGGUCUUACAAAAUCAUGUGAAAAAGGAAGAACCUGAAGAUAAAGACUAUCUCUGUGCUUGGACAUCAAACUCUGUGGAAGAUGUAGACCAAAAUAAUGGAGAAUAUGAAAGGAAGCAUGUAAAAAAGGAAGAGUCUGAAGAUGAAGACAACCUCCAUACAAGGACAAAUUGGGACAUGGAUGAUGCCCAGGUACAAGUCUUCUCCUGCUCCCAGUGUUCACUUUCCUGUUCAUCUCAAAUUAACCUCCACAAACACAUCAGAAGAUACCACUAUGAGGAAUAUGAGAAACUGCUACGAUCAGAAGAGUUAAAAGACUUGAACCAUACCACUCCAAUAAGCUCCAGUAUUCAGCGAACAGCCUCCAUUACACUCAACAGUAACUCCUCUUAUAAACAAAUGCACAAAGAAGUCUAUCCCUGCUCACAGUGUGGCAAGAGUUUUACUCAGCAGAGUUCUCUCAGACAACACCAGCGCAUUCACACAGGAGAAAAACCCUAUCACUGCUCAGAGUGUGGGAAGAGUUUUAUUCAACAGAGUAAUCUACAAACACACCAGCGCAUUCACACAGGAGAAAAACCCUAUCACUGCUCACAGUGUGGGAAAAGCUUUAAUCGACAGAGUGUACUACAAAGACACCAGCUCAUUCACACAGGAGAAAAGCCGUAUCACUGCUCACAGUGCGGGAAGAGCUUUAAUCGACAGAGUCAUCUACAAAUACACCAGCGCAUUCACACAGAAAAAAAACGUUAUUCCUGCUUAGAGUGUGGAAAGAGUUUUAUUCUACAGUGUGCACUACAAACACACCAACGCAUUCACACAGGAGAAAAGCUGCAUCACUGCUCAGAAUGUGGGAAGAGCUUUAAUCGGCAGAGUGAACUACAAAUACACCAGCGUAUUCACACAGGAGAAAAGCCGUAUCACUGCUUAGAGUGUGGGAAGAGCUUUAUUCGACAGAAUCAUCUACAAGAACACCAGCGCAUUCACACAGGAGUAAAACCGUAUUCCUGCUUAGAGUGUGGAAAGAGUUUUAUUCGACGGAGUGAACUACAAAGACACCAGCGCAUUCACACAGGAGAAAAGCCGUAUUCCUGCUCAGAGUGUACAAAGAGUUUUUUUCGACAGAGUGACCUACUAAUACACCAGCGCAUUCACAGAGGAGAAAAGCCGUAUCACUGCUCUGAGUGUGGGAAGAGAUUUACUCGACAGAGUCAUCUACAAACACACCAGCGCAUUCACACAGGAGAAAAGCCGUAUCACUGCUCUGAGUGCGGGAAGAGCUUUACUCAACAGUGUAAUCUACAAGCACACCAGCGCAUUCACACGGGAGAAAAGCCAUAUCAGUGCUCAGUGUGUGGGAAGAGCUUUUCCCAAAAAAGAAAUCUUCAGCAACACCAACGAAUUCACUAAGGAGAAAAGAAUGUACAAUUUCUCAUACUGUAGGAAGAUGUGUACAGAUAAAGAUCAGUGCAUUCACACAGGAAAAAAGUUGUAAGAGUGCUCAAAGUGCGGGAAGAGUUUUAAUCAAAAAAGUAGUUUCAUACACCAACAACAAAUUUACAUAUAUAAACAAACUGAUCAAAUCAGGAUGAACACAGCAACAAGGUACAAACAUGGGUUUUUAUGCAAGAGAAAUGUAAAAUUAAGAAAGUUUUUGUUUAUUUUAUAUAGGUUAUCCAAAACUAAACAUAUAUCUAGAAUGUUACACCUUUUAUUUAACUUUAUAAAUAUUUCAGAGGAAUCAGGACAUGAACAUAUUUUGGGUGAUUAAAACAGCUGGUAACAUUUAUUAAAAGUUAACAAAAAAACUCAA